ACUCUAUAAACAUGUUUAUUUCUUGUAAAUAUUUUUUUUGAAAGUUUUGGUGUUCAAUAAUAAUCUUGAAUUUCUGGUCAAACAUUUCAGGUAUUUGAAUCAUAGGAAUAUAAAUUUUAUUAUAAUGCCUAAAACUAAGAAAAAAUUUAUUGAAAAGAAAAACUCAGUCACUUUCCAUGUGGUUCAUAGAAGUCAGCAUGACCCACUUGUUGCUGACGAAACAGCUCCACAAAAUGUUUUGGUACCUCAAAAACCAACUCAAUCAAGAGCAAGAAAAAAUAAAGAUGAAGAAGCAAAAUAUGGGAUUUAUUUUGAUGAUGAUUAUGAUUACUUGCAACAUUUAAAAGAAUGUCGGUCAAAUGAUUUUGUAUUGUUGCCUGCUCCGACUAACUAUAGCAAAGAAAAGAAAGAAAAACCUAAGGUUAUGUUACCUUCUUCAAUAUUUGAGUCUGAAGUAGAGGAAAAAGUUGGCAUGUUAAAUAAAGCAGCACCUCAAUCAGGUUUACGUUUGGAUUUGGAUCCUGAUAUUGUUGCUGCAAUGGAUGAUGAUUUUGAUUUUGAAAAUCCAGAAAAUGAGUUGGAAGAUGAUUUUGUGGUCAUAGCAAAUCAAGCUGGAUCAGAUGAUGAAAGUAAUGAAUUAGAAGAUGUUAUUGAAGAAUGUGAUCAUCAAUAUGAUAGUGAGGCUGAUGAUGAAGUUGGUAGUUUAAACAUGGAUGAUACAAAAUCACGUUUUACUGAUUAUUCCAUGUCUAGUUCUAUUAUCAGAAGAAAUGAAAAUUUAAAAUUAUUGGAUGACCAAUUUGAACAAAUGUUUUCUGCAUAUGAUGAUGUAGAUAUUGGAGCAUUAGAAACUGAAGAAAUUGAAGGUACAUUAACAAUGGAAUCUGAACUGAUUAAAAAAGCAGCUGAAGAAUUUGAAUUAAACAUGAAAAGAGAUGAAAUACCUACAGAUAGAACAGCUGCUUUAAUAUUUGAUAGUGAUUCAGAUCAAGAAGAACCUACAUAUAAAGUACCUGUUGAAAAUUCUGGUGAAAAAAAAUGGGAUUGUGAAAGUAUUCUUUCUACGUAUUCUAAUAUUUAUAACCACCCUGCACUUAUUAAAGACCCACCAAUUCAAAAAAUACGAAUAAAUCCUAAAACUGGAGUUCCAAUAAUACAACAAAGACUUACAGCUAAAGCAUUGAAGUCUUUGGACAAUAAAGAUACAGCAAAAUCUGACUCCAAAUCAGUAAUAUCUGCUCUGUCUAUGUUGUCUAUAAGACCAAAAGACGAGACUCCCGAACAAAAAUUAUUACGUAAAAGAGCACUUAAAAAUUUUAGACAGGAAAGGAGAAUGGAAAGAAAGGCUAACACUUUAGCAUUUAAAGAACAGAAGAAAAAAAUGGAAAAAGAAUUAAUCAAUAAAAAUGUUAACAAAACUGUUCGUAUAAUAUAAAAAAUUUAA